AUGACUGACCAGCCCGAAGGCCCGGGGGAACUUCACGAACGAAUCCAUACAGGUGGCAACAGUGAGUUGUGCACCGCAUGCCAAAAGAUUUUCAGUGGCAUGCAACUCUUCAAUGAGCAUGAGCACAUGAAAUAUGGGACACUGGUCUAUAAUGCGGCGCAUGGAUGUUCCUUGUGUGCGAUGUUGGCUUUGCAUUUCUCGUCGCAAUCAGAUGGCGUCCGGGACGGUCAGAUGAUCAAGACUUGGCUUAGUUUCAAGUCGCGAUUGAGUGAUGGGCUUACUCCCAUAAUCUGGGCCCGACUGAUGGAUAGCGCGGAGUCAUCUCCCAUCGAACUGCACAUGGUGCCCUUGACUGUCGAUGUCCGCGUUACUGUCAUAGGACAAGAUCAGGUGGCUGGUCCCAUGGAGCGAGGCUACUUACAAGCUCGUGGCUUCUGGAUGUUCGACGACACAAUCGUGUACACCGGUAUCCGAGUGAAAUUGGACGAAUCUCCCAGAGUCGGUGGCCUUUCGCCGAAUCUUCACUGCGUCCCAAUCUCUCAAUACGACUACGGGAAUGGGGCCAGAACGAUCUGGUUUGGCCUUGUCCUGGAAAGCACCGGAAAGCGAGAUAGGGAGUUCCGGCGCAGAGGCGUAUUCGACAUCUGGGACGACAAUCUAUUUGCUCAAAUGUUCCAGCGUCGCAUGGUGAGACCGAAAGAGGAACAAACAGAGCCCGAUGGCAUUGAUUCUCUCCACAAAUCACCCUCUGGGCUCGCUAUGGAGAAGAUGGGAGGGGACGACAGCAGUAGCAGCACGGCCAGCGAAAGAGCGCUUGAUGAGUCAGCGGUGCUGUCAGAUGAGUCAGGCUUUUACGGGGACGAGAAUAUGAAAGCUGAGUAUGAAUCGAGGGAUUCAAAAUUCGAUCCUGCGGAGUUCUGGAAAGCGCAGCAAAGGUCUUUACAGUGGAUAGCGGAGCAGAACCGAGAAGCGGCUGAGGCGAAAGCGGCGAGGGCACGAUAUCACCGCGACAGAUUGGAUGCAGCGCAGAAGAUGGAGCACGCCGAUAAUGUUGACUCAGACCCUCCGCACCCAAGAGAUGUUCCUUUGGAUAGAGAUACCAUGGACGUCGACCUUCCUCCCUUACGCCAAGAACCUUCGCUAUCACCAGCACAAGAACUCCACAACCCGUACGAAGGCGACUCGAUGGCCAACAAUUGCACGAACCUCUCCCCACCUUUCUCUCCCGCCUCCCACCCUCCACCACACCCCUCACCACCGGUCCCUGGAUCCGGAUCGCCAAUCCGCACCACCACCACGCCCACCGCCAAGCCCGAGGCAAACACGACAUCGCGGGCCUGA